CACACUCUCUCUCUCUCUCUCUCUCUCUCUCUCUCCGAGAUCUUUCGCGACGAAAACAUUCAAAAACCCUAACCCUAAACCUAGCAGCUCCGUGCCUUUUCUUCUUCCUUCUUUCAGGGUUUAUUGACUUCCAUCCAUAUCUACAUUUCAUGGCCAUCGAAAGGCUUUUUAAAGAUGAAGCUACGGAAGAGAAAGGGGAGCGGGCCAGAAUGGCAUCGUUUGUUGGUGCCAUGGCAAUUGCAGAUUUGGUCAAGACGACGUUAGGUCCAAAAGGAAUGGAUAAAAUAUUGCAGUCAAGUGGCAGAGGAAGAAGUGUUACGGUUACAAAUGAUGGUGCUACCAUCUUAAAAUCUCUUCAUAUAGACAAUCCUGCAGCCAAAGUUCUUGUUGAUAUUUCAAAAGUUCAAGAUGAUGAGGUUGGUGAUGGGACAACAUCUGUUGUUGUUUUGGCUGGAGAGCUCUUGAGGGAGGCAGAAAAAUUGGUUAAUGCAAAGAUUCAUCCAAUGACAAUCAUUUCAGGUUACAGGAUGGCUGCUGAAUGUGCACGCGAUGCUUUGCUGCAGAAGGUCGUAGACCAUAAAGAGGAUCCAGAGAAGUUUAAAUCAGACUUGAUGAAGAUAGCUAUGACCACUUUGAGUUCAAAAAUACUUUCCCAGGACAAGGAGCAUUUUGCUAAACUUGCCGUAGAUGCUGUCAUGAGGCUCAAGGGAAGUACAAACUUAGAGGCCAUCCAAAUCAUUAAGAAAGCUGGAGGAUCCUUGAAAGACUCAUUUUUAGAUGAAGGAUUUAUACUCGACAAAAAAAUAGGCAUUGGCCAGCCCAAACGCAUAGAAAAUGCAAAUAUUUUGGUGGCAAAUACUGCUAUGGACACUGACAAAGUAAAAAUUUAUGGGGCUCGUGUUCGUGUUGAUUCAAUGUCUAGAGUUGCACAGAUCGAGGGGGCAGAAAAGGAGAAAAUGAAAGAAAAGGUGCAAAAGAUCAUUGCUCAUGGGAUUAACUGCUUCGUUAACCGACAAUUGAUUUACAACUUCCCGGAGGAACUCUUCGCAGACGCAGGGAUACUUGCAAUUGAGCAUGCUGAUUUUGAUGGGAUUGAGCGACUAGCUCUAGUAACUGGUGGUGAAAUUGCAUCAACCUUUGACAAUCCUGAAUCUGUAAAGCUCGGCCACUGCAAGCUCAUAGAGGAAAUAAUGAUUGGUGAGGACAGGUUGAUCCAUUUCUCUGGGGUUGAAAUGGGCCAGGCAUGUACCAUAGUUUUAAGAGGGGCAAGUUUUCACGUACUCGAUGAAGCUGAAAGGUCUUUACACGACGCCUUGUGCGUGUUGUCUCAGACAGUGACCGAUACCCGGGUUUUGCUCGGAGGCGGCUGGCCCGAGAUGGCAAUGGCGAAAGAAGUGGAUGAGCUAGCACGGAAGACGCCUGGAAAGAAGUCUCUUGCUAUCGAAGCAUUCUCACGUGCACUCCAGGCCAUACCAACGACCAUAGCCGACAAUGCAGGUUUGGACAGCGCGGAGUUGAUUGCCCAGCUUCGUGCGGAGCACCACAAGGAGGGUACUACUGCAGGGAUUGAUGUCAUCUCUGGGGCUGUAGGUGAUAUGGAGCAGCUUGGGAUUUCAGAGUCAUUUAAGGUGAAGCAAGCAGUGCUGCUUUCUGCGACUGAGGCUGCUGAGAUGAUACUCAGAGUUGACGAGAUCAUUACUUGUGCCCCACGGAAAAGAGAGGACAGAAUGUGAGGAGCUGACCAAGUUAGUCCAUCUGGUACAAUCUGCUAAGAACUUACAUGCAGUCUUAACAAUUGCAUCAAAAUGAUUUCCUUCAUAGCUGGGGUGUGAUUUGAUUGAAGGACAACUCUUUGGGUCUGUUUAAGAGUAUAGAUUUAAGGAAGUUUUGGAAGGAGUGGGGUUGGUUUUAUACCUCCAAUCUUAGUAAAACAGGUGUCUUUUAGGCAAAA